AUGAGACAUGUGGAGAAGCUCUGGAAAACAGAUAUCCCCCUUAGGAGUGAUAAAGUGGUGACCCGCUCCAAGCAAGAUAAUCAAGCUCUGAACCUUUUAGAGGCUAAAACAGCCCGAGUGGAAGUCGAUGGCAUUUUCCACUAUGCUACCCCACUGCUGCGAUGCAAAGACAUGCCUCUCCUACAGGCCACACCUGAGGCUGUCAUGCCGAGCCUGAGAGGAGUUGAGAAGAGGCUUCGUAAAGACCCAAAGAAAGCUGAGAUUUACCAGUCAGAGAUAGACAAACUGAUAAAGGCUGGAUAUGUGCUGAGAGUGGAAGUUAAAGAGCUAAAGAAAGGAGAUGAAUCGUGGUAUAUUCCUCACCACCUCGUUAGCCACAAUGGAAAUCAUAGACUAGUAAUUAUCUGUUCAUUUCAGCACAAAGGUCAAACUCUGAAUGAUUAUCUCCUUCCUGGCCCCACCCUUGAUUCCUCUCUGCUCGGGGUCCUUUUAAGGUUCCGUGAGCAUGCCGUGGCAGUGAGUGGGGAUAUUAAGGCCAUGUUCCACCAGGUCCGCUUACUACCCGAAGAUCGCCCUCUUCUGCGCUUCCUGUGGCGUAACCUACAACAUGAGGAACCACCUGCAGUGUACGAGUGGCAGGUGUUACCGUUUGGCACCACCUGCAGCCCAUGUUGUGCCACAUUCGCUCUGCAAUACCAUGCCAAAGACCACAGUCAGCCAGGAGAGGAGAUGAGAACUUCCAUAGAGAAAUGUUUUUAUGUGGAUAACUGUCUACACAGUGUGCCAACAGCCACAGAGGCCAGAGAACUGGUGGACCAACUUAGAGCUCUAUUGUCAUCAGCGGGAUUUGUCCUUCGGCAAUGGGCCAGCAACGAGUCAUGUGCCAUCAGUCACCUACCAGAAGAAGAUCGGUCAGACAGUGCUGAGCUCUGGCUUGCAGAGAGUAAGACGGAGAUCCCGGAAUCAACCCUGGGCCUUAGCUGGCACUUUGCUUCAGACAUGCUUGGCUAUAAGCACCGUCCAGUCCAAUAUGAGGCUCCUACCAUGCGCAUCAUCUACAGAGUACUGGCCAGUCAGUAUGAUCCACUGGGGUUUAUACUACCAUACACCACCAGAGCUAGGAUGUUGGUCAGACGUCUGUGGGACAAGGAUCGGGGCUGGGAUGACCCCCAGCUGCCACCUGACCUCCGUCAACAGUGGGAUAUCUGGGAACGGGAGCUGCAGUUCCUUUCUGAAAUCCGUCUACCCAGACCAUACCUGCCCACUGAUGUAGCCUGGGAGGUGACAAGCAGAGAGCUGCAUGUGUUCUGUGAUGCGUCAGAGCAGGCUUAUGGUGCUGUGGCAUAUUAGAAUGACUGGAGAGAAUGAUCAAGCAUAUGUGUCCUUUGUUAUGGCUCGCUCCAGAGUAGCUCCCAAACGCCUUCACUCCAUUCCAAGACUGGAGCUAUGUGCAGCGCUUCUGGGAGCCCAGCUUUCUAAGCUUCUUGAGGGUGAGCUCUCUCUGCACAUUCAGAAGACAGUGAUGUGGACAGACUCUACCACUGUGCUGACCUGGCUACGAUCUGAAUCCUGCCGCUACAAAGUCUUUGUGGGCACGCGCAUUGCUGAGAUCCAGGAGUUAACCCAUCUGCAGAGCUGGCGUUAUGUGGAAUCUGCCCAAAAUCCUGCUGAUGACAUAACACGUGGCAAAACCCUGCAGGAGUUAGCAAGACCAAACCGAUGGAGUCAAGGUCCUCCCAUCCUAUACCUACCGCAAGAUCAAUGGCCUAAAGACCCAUCUGAAAACCCUGAAAUCUCCCCAGAUGCAUCUGAGCUUCGCAGGUCAACCUUUUGUGCCAUGACCUCUGCCUCCCCAACCUACAUGAGUCAGUAUGAUACCUGGCAUGAACUUCUGGAUGCAACCGUACAGGAACUUCAGGGGGCGGCAAAUGGCAGUGGUCCCACCGCUGAGGACUACCGGAAAGCAGAGAUGCUUCUCAUCAAGAGAGCUCAAAAGGAGAGUUGCCCAGAUGAAUUUCACCUUCUGAAAGCAGGGAAACCAGUUCAACGAAGUAGUCGUCUCCUAACAUUGUCUCCAGAGCUGGAUGAAAGUGGAGAACUGAUAAGAGUGGGUGGCCGUCUACGUCGUGCUGAAGACUUAACCUUCUGCAACCUUCACCCACUGGUACUUGAUCCCUCUCAUCCAGUGACCAAGCUGCUCAUCCAGGACUGUGACCAUCGACUGCGGCAUCCCGGACCAGAACGAGUUUUUGCACAGCUCCGGCGCCAUUAUUGGAUCCUUAAAGGCAGAGAAGCAAUUCGGCGCUUUCAAAGAACCUGUGUAGAAUGUCAAAGAUGGAGGGCGAGACCUACUGUCCCUAAAAUGGCGGACCUGCCUUUGGCCCGACUCCGCCUCUUCAAGCCAGCCUUCUAUUCCACUGGAACUGACUGCUUUGGUCCCUUUGAAGUUAAAGUGGGCCGCCAUUUGGAAAAGAGAUGGGGAAUAAUAUUUAAGUGUAUGACUGUCAGAGCUGUACAUCUGGAUGUACUGACCUCCAUCAACACAGACUCCUUUCUGAUGGCUCUGCGUCGGUUUAUUUCACGAAGAGGAACACCAGCUGAGCUUUAUUCAGACCAGGGCACCAAUUUUAGGGGAGGUGAUGCUGAAUUGAGGGAAGCAUUUUCAGACAUGACAUUGGAACUUCAGCAACUGCUAGCUCCACACAAGAUUCAGUUCCACUUCAAUCCUCCUGCAGCGCCUCACUUUGGAGGGGUGUGGGAACGUGAAAUCCGCUCUGUGAAGUCAGCACUGUAUGCUACAGUCGGAGCACAGCCCAUCACAGAAGAGGUCCUCCGUACAGUACUUGUAGAAGUAGAGGGGAUCCUCAACUCAAAGCCGCUGGGCUACGUCUCAUCCGAUGUAAGAGAUCCAGAUCCUGUGACACCAAACUGCUUGCUUAUGGGGCGGCCGGAUGGUUCGCUGCCGCAGGUGGUUUACUCCAAAGAUGAACUUUUAAGUCGUCGACAGUGGAGGCAUGCCCAAGUGCUCGCUGACCAUUUUUGGGCCCGGUUUGGUCGUCUAUAUCUACCUGGACUUCAGACGUGCCAGAAAUGGCAAACCUCUGCAGUUGACAUCAGAGAAGGGAUGGUCGCCAUGAUCGUGGAUCCUCAUCUGCCUAGGGCCCUCUGGCCCAUGGGACGCAUCAUCAAGGUUCACCCCAGUCCUGAUGGACACAUCAGGUCAGCAGAUGUGAAGACUAAGGACAGAACUUACACUCGACCUGUGGCCCGGCUGGUGAUCCUCCCUGCCAUACCUCAGGAGGACAGUGACCCUCAGGCGCAAGGUCACCCUACCUAGAGUCUUUUGUUUGAGCAAAUGUAUUGUACACAUUUGGGGGCGGCUGUUCAAAAGACCCCUUAAAUAAUCUAAGUUUGUUAACUACUACUGUUCGUAGUGACUUCUGUUCAGCGUUACUUUUGCCACUUAGGGCAUACCGUAGUUGGGGGCGGCGAUGACGUCAUCACAUCGCCGUAAGAAAGAGAACCAUUCCUGAUAGAGGGGGAGGUGGGGUAACAGAGCCACUGCUAAUACGUGAGAGGGGCAGAAUAUGUGUGAUCGCCUUAUAAGUGUGCGUUAGUGACAAGAGACCACACACACAGCUACACACAUAUCUGAAGCACUCACCCACACCCACCAAAUAUACCUUGAUGCUAAUUACUGUUGUUGGACUAAGAUCUGUGACCCAACUUGGAAUACAGAAAG